AAGACUUACAGGUCCACACUCAGAACAAUGAGGCUGGUCAUCCUUGUGUGCCAGCUUGGCCUAAUUCUGAGGACAGAGGCCCAGAUACCAGAUGAUUGCAUUACCAGUAAUACAAACAGACCUCCAGAAAACUCUGACAUAACUGUGGUCUGUGGCACUGAGCAUAUGGACCUGAGCAUCUACAUUUGCCCAGUGUACCAAGCUCUUUACAAUGAGUCUUUGAUGGUCCUCAAUAAUGAGUUAAACAAACCUGAGUGUUUUGGGACUGCUGACUGGAGCGUUGACCCACCAGUCUUAAAAUUCAAAAUCCCCAUAAGUCAAACUGCCAUCUCCGCCUGCAAUAGUGACUUUAAGAUAAUCAAUGAGGUUGGGAGUGGAGAGUUUUCCGACUUCUCAAAUGUCCAGUUCGUCAACAUUUCUGGCAUCGUUACCUCCGUAGACCCCUCUGCGGGUAUGAUCACCUAUCGCCCACAGAUCCUGUACAAGUUCUCCUGUCGUUACCCAAUGCAGUAUCUCCUGAACAAUACUGAACUGGGCGUAUCAGGUGUCAAUUUUGCCAUACGAGACAACAAUGGUAGCUUCAUCAGCACGCUGAGUAUGCAGCUCUACGAAGAUGAACAAUACCAAAAGACCCUAAAUAUCCCACAAACAGGACUCAACCUGAAGACCAAGAUUUAUGUUGCAGUUAAAGCUACGAAUCUAACAGACAGGUUCAACGUGCUGCUGGACAGAUGCUACGCAACAACAAGUCCGUAUCCCUUCCUUAACACCUAUUAUGAUCUUUUUGUUGGGUGUACACGUGACGCACAAACUAAGGUGGAGCUCAAUGGGGCGUCUCAGAAGGCAUACUUCUCCUUUGAGGCCUUCAGAUUUGUUGAGCACAAGAAUCUGACAAUUUCCACUUUCUACCUGCACUGCGUCACCAGACUCUGUGAGGUGUCUUCAUGUAGCGCAUUACUGCCUAACUGCGGUUCCCAAAGCAGGAGAAAGAGAGAGACUCCGCCUGUGUCAGCCAACACUACAGUCACCUCGCCCGUCAUACUUGUGGGCAAACAAAGCAGUGGUUUGGCAUCUGAGAGCAACUACAGCAGUCCUGUGGUGGCUGUGAUUGUAUGCAUCGUCAUCCUAGCUAUUAUCCUCGUCGCCAUGGCUGCAUACUUUGCAUUAUACAUCAAGCGGAGAAAACCAGUCAUCCAGUAA